AUGAGUAUCGCUACUACGGAUUUAAAAAUCAAUGCUGCUCUUCAGAGAGUGCAGCUUAUACCUGACGUACUCAGUGAUGUAACUUCAUCUACGUUGCUCCAGAUUAUCUUCAAAGAGAGUGGUAAAGAAGUAUUGUUAGGAAACAACUUCACAUCAGUAGAAACAAAAGAGCAACCUACGAUCAACUUGAUCGCGUUAAGUGAAUCAGAUUAUUAUACGCUUGUGAUGAUGAAUCCUGACGCUCCAUCAAGACAUGACCAAAAAGUUGCACCUUGGCGUCAUUGGAUAGUUGUCAAUAUUGCAGAUUCGGACGUAAAGAAUAGUGUAUCGCAGGCAGAGAAUCACCACACACCCUACAUUGGGCCUGGCCCGGGUGAGAAUACAGGAAUACAUCGUUACACAUUCUUACUCUAUAAAUAA